CUGAUCAAAAGAAAAAAAUAUUUAAUUUAAAAUGAAUUCGGUAAUAGUGUUUAGUAUUUCGCAAUAUUUAGCUCGAAAUUUAAAAGUACUGAAUUUGCAUCAGAGUCUAAAAUUAAGAACAAUAAAUGGUAUUCAAAUAAAUAAUGAUAACUUAAACAACAAAACCAAGAAAAAAUGGCAAAAUGAACCAAAUAAUUUAUUAAAUAAAACUGAUCAAGAUCGAGGCAAUCACAAUCGGCAUAAAUGGUCAGGUCAUAUUGCGCCCACACAAGUGGGGGUUAUUGUCAGCGGUGCAUUCUCAUUUGGAUUUUUCGGUAAAACGAAAGAUGAAGAAACACCGGAAGAUAAAUUGAUAACGACCAUUAAACGAUCAGUAUUAUGUAUUCAACGCCAAGAAUUUGAUAAAGCAGAACAAAUGUUACAUUUAGCUUUACGUAUGGCACAAGAUUUACAAAGUAAGGAAGGAGUUACCUAUAUUUAUGAUGUCAUGGCGAAUCUUGCUAUGGAGCGCGAACAAUACAAAAAGGCAGAAAAAUUAUUCGCGGAAGUAAUGAAAAGAUUGUUCAGUGAAGGUUAUGGCGAAAAUAGCUCUCAGGUAAUGCAUAUUAGCGCUAAACUGGCACACAUGGCUCAAUUGCAAGGGGAGUUAGACAAAGCUAUGCAAGGCUUUACAUGGACUUUAAAACGCAUUGAGGAACAUAUAAAACAAACUCCGAAUGACAAGGAUGCACAAGAACUGCUAGGACUUACCAAAAAUUGGUUCGGUCAAUUGCAAAUGAAACUGGGUAAAUAUGGGGACGCCAAAAAGUCAUUUCAAGAGGCUUAUGACGCAUUAGUAGAAGUUUAUGGACGAAUAAAUGAAGAAUCAAUAACUAUACUGAAUAAUCUUAGUGUGGCGUGUGUCAAUCUUGAGGAAUAUGAAUUGGCAAAGAAGUAUUUAAUGGACGCUUUAGAAUUGGUUAAAGAAUUAAAGGAUACUGCACAAGAAGGCAUCUUGCAAGCCAAUUUAGGCUUAAUUUAUCUGCGAGAAGGUUUAGUAGCAAAAGCUAAAGAAGCAUGCUCACUUGCUUGGCGCAUUGGCAAGACGAGUAAAAACUUGGACGCUAUUGAGCAGGCCGAAUACUGCCUUAACGAAAUAAAAUCUUUCGCACAAUGACAAGUUAUAUGAAAAAUACGAUCGCCUUACGUUGGAGUAGGUUAAAACCAUUGUAAAUAAUAAAUGCCUUUUGGCGAUCAAGCUAUGUGAAUUGCUUGAUAUAUGAAUAUAAUUUGUACAAAACUUGACUAUACUAUUUAUUUUAAUAAACACUUAUAGUGAUUGAAGAAA